GCGAUGUAGAUACUGCGCGGGGGCUACAAAAGCGGCGCGGCUCCAGGGCGGAGGGGGCAGGCAUGUCGGCGCGCGGGAAGAGCAGCGGCGGCGGCGCGCGGGGGAAGUCGCGGUCGUGGCGGGCCGGGCUGCGGUUCCCGGUGGGGCGCGUGCACCGGCUGCUGCGGCGCGGGCGCUACGCUUCGCGGGUGGGCGCGGGAGCGGCCGUGUACCUGGCGGCGGUGCUGGAGUACCUGGCGGCCGAGGUGCUGGAGCUGGCGGGCAACGCGGCGCGCGACCACCGCAAGGUGCGCAUCGUGCCCCGCCACGUGCAGCUGGCCGCGCGCCACGACGCGGAGCUGGGCCUCCUGCUGGGUCGCGUCACCAUCGCGCAGGGCGGCGUCCUGCCCCACAUCCCCGCCGCCCUCCUGCCGCUCAAGGCCGCCGCCGCCGCCGCCAAGAAGCUGCCCGACCAGGCCUCGCAGGAGUACUGACCCGCCCCCCGGGCCGAUCCCGACUCUGUGCCCCAUCUCCACCAUUGUUGUUACCUGCAAAUCCUUCACCGUGGUGCUCACUGCCACUGGGACGCUGCAGCCGCCCUCCUGGAAUUGAAGGAACCCCGUGGAUUACUGGAGCAUCAGCACCUGACCAGUCGCCCCACCCCUGCCGUGGGAGCAGGCUGCUUCAUGGCUCGGCAUUCGGACCUUGCCCUGCAAGGCUUACCAAACGCUUCAUGAAGGCCCUCUCCGCAAUGCAACACAGCACAGUCUCCCGAUCAUGCAAGACGGACACCAGCUCCAGGAUCUCGUGGUCUUUGGCUCUCACCUCCACUGCCAAGGCACCCUAAAGGGACAAAGCCGGCAGGGCCCCCUCAGCCUCUCCCAAGGAGAACAGGCUCCUCUGCUUAGCACAGUUAGUAGCAGGUUGGAGGGAGACAGAGUAGUGGCAGCACCGGCCUCCUUAAAGGAAGUGAUGUCGAUUGAUGGGGUAUUCAUUUCCAUCCCCCUUGGCCCAGAACAACCAGAUCCAAAACAAAAGGAAGCCUGCAAACUCUGGUUGGGGAGGCUCCAGUGGAAGUGGGGUGAGUGGGUUUCCCCAAGCAAAUUCACCCCUUCCCCAUAGUUCUGGAAGGCCUUGGAGACACCCCAAGCACGGGGACCCCUGCUUUAAUUAGAUGUGCUAGCAAGAAGAAUGCCAGAGCGACUUCAGGCUUGAGAAACUCAUGCGCCUAGGGCAGGACGUAGAACCCUAACCCUUUGCAUACCUGCCCAACAGCAUACAAGCAGUCUGCAGGGCUCAAGAUCUGAAACAAAGCAAGACUGGCAGUUAGACCUCACAGACUUCCUUUGGGACCCUGCAGUUGCUUCUAAUAAAACUGUUUCCUAACUGCU